CGACGUUCUAUGAUGGCUAUUGCCAAGGCCAAAGCGGCCGAGGAGCUGGCUGCUAAGGCGGCCGAGGAGCUGGCUGCUAAGGCGGCCGAGGCGGCCAGGCGUGCCGCGGCCGGUGGGAGCGGGGCUACUGCUGAUGCGGUCCCAAAGCCUGCUCCAUCGAAGAAGAAAAGGCCGGCCACUGACGGCCAGAAAAAGUUAACUGAGGCCGGCCUGAGCGUCUCGAAGAAGACGAAGAGGGCUCCUUCCCCUUCUCCGGCUACUGAGGCCGGUACUCUGACUGUCCCCAGCGUGGACGAUGGUGGCCCCGUCGUGGACCUUACUGCUGCUGACAAUGCUGCCCCAUCGCUUCCUCUCGUCCAGGAACCACGGACGAAGAGGGCCGGCAAGGAGAUUGCCGGUGCCACCUACCAGAAGGUGGUAGAAUACCCCGUCGACGGGGGCGUGUUUAAUGAUCUCGUCCCUGGCCACGUCGUCCUGGCCCAAUCCAUGUCGGCCAAAGAUCGGGCUUACUUGAAGAAGCUUGGGGACGUGAAGAUUUACGAGGGCGGCAUGGACCUCCUCAUCCAAAGUGCCUUUAUGCUUAUGGAAAGCCAUAAGAGGCAGUAUUGGGAGAUAGCUCGCUUGAAAGAGCUGGAGCAGAAGGCUGCCUCGGCCGACGAGGCGGUAGCUUGCCUUGAUCGGCUCCGGGAGGAUGCCAAGGCGUUGCAGGCAAG